CCACCAGCUGAUGGAUGUAAACAAACAACUUGGAAGUUAAAACCAAGCGCAGCGGAACACGUUGAGACGUUGUACUAACUAAUCAAGUCCUUUUAAGCUUCCUUGAUCUGAACUGUUCUGUAUCGCUGCCUCAGAACAUAGUGAUUUGAAAGGAAUCCCCUAUAGUUGUGGAUACAAGAGAGAAGCUGCAGGAGAGACGGAGAAAUAUAUUCAGUCCUUUACGCUUCCUUGUGGUGACAACUUUUUUACACACUCCUGCCUCAGGACAACGAUCUUAGUCAGGAGUACCGAUCACUGUAAUCCUUAAGGAUGUUUGUUGAAGGCAGUCACACAACUUGGAGUAUAUAAUGGAUAGCAGAGACAACGCCAUGGACCUUCAAACACUAGACAUCCCCGUGAAGAAACUUCCCCACCACGAUCAACUUGAGUUGUGCGUCACCCGAGCCCGAUACAGGCAGGGGCGAAAGUUGACUGCUGUGCGAGUUUACACUGUUAAUGAUGAGUCAAAGUACCUCAUCGUCAACGGUGUCCCAGCCAUCAAGAUCGGCCAGGAGAUGGAAAUGUUGUGCCAACGUUACGGUGAUCUCGAGUACACUCACUUGCUGCAAGAGUACCCACAUGAGGACUACGUGGAAGUGUAUUUAAUCAAGUACAGGAGGCUAAAAAACGCAAGAUUUGCCAAAAGACAGCUUGAUGGGAAAUCUUUCUAUGGUCAAGUCCUCCAUGUGUGCUAUGCCCCAGAAUUAGAGACUGUGGAUGAGACGAGAGAAAAGCUGCAGGAGAGGCGGAAGAGUAUAGCAGCUCUCACUAGGCACCAGCAAGACCCUGCUGCUGUGAACCACAUCCGGAAGAGAAGAGUGAUGCCAUCCACAGCCAUGCGAUACAUGAACCAACUCAGGACAGACCUUAGGCAAGAACACAUGGACAGACUCCAUCCCCGAGUGGAGGAUUCUCACCUGACCGACAACGGAGGGUGUAAUGAGGGAAAGGAUGACAAUAGUACAGACUCAGGGGAAAUAUCACACAGUAGUAAGGUUUUCUCUGAGAAUCUUGCAGUAGAUGAUACUGUUGCUGCAACAUCUCUGAGUAAUGCAAAUCUGGAGAGUGGUUGUAAAAGGGAACUCCUAAAUCAUGUGAUGUAAUCCCAGAUGUGUGUGGAAAUUUUGUUAAGAGAGACAAAAGAUCUAUUGAAUCAUGUAUGACAACUAAGAAAAAAAUCAAACUUUUUGGGAACAAAAAUUUAUUGUCAUAUCAAUAAUAAUGUACUGUACAACAUAUUACCUUGUGAAUGUAAAAUAAAUAAAGUAGAGUU